CGGAAAAGAUGCUCCUAGGUUCCAGUUUUUUACUUUUCUGCAUGAUUUACUGUUGCCAAUCGGGUCUUGGAAUUGGUCAACAGCUUAAUCAGAAUGGUUUGCGGAUCUUGGAGCAACAAACGUGCGGCAUAUUUACGAGGAUAAAAGUUAUUAAUGGUCACGAGGUUAAACUUGGAUCACGACCUUGGAUGGCCCUGCUUCUCUUACGCAGCGAUACAGAGGAGAAAUUUGCUUGCGGAGGAACACUUAUUUCGGAACGUUUCAUACUCACCGCUGCCCACUGCUUAUCACGAUAUCAACUAGUAUCAGUUCGUUUGGGUGAGCAUAAAAUAUCAACGGAUUCAGACUGCAAGAGUACAGGAAGCAUAAUCAAAUGUUCACCACCUGUUGAAGAUAUCAACGUCGAGAGAAUCUUCUUGCACGAGGAUUACUCCCGAUUUACUGGCCACAAUGAUAUAGCUCUUAUUAAAUUAGCCAGAGCUGUGGAAUACAAACAGCACAUUAAGCCCAUCUGUUUGCCAAUUAAUGAAGAACUUCAGCAACAAACUGAUUCACAAGAGAAUUUUAUUGUUACCGGUUGGGGAAUUACUGAAAAUGGAACUGCGUCGGAUGUACUUAUGGAGACAAUGAUUCAGAUGCGGAAUCGCCAAGCCUGCUCCCGGUAUUUCGUCAGAGAAAUAAUAGAAACCCAACUAUGUGUUGGCGAUCUCGUCAGCGAUUCCUGCAGAGGCGAUUCCGGCGGACCAUUAUUAUAUCCGGCUGAAUAUUUAACUAAGCAACGCUUCGUACAAUUUGGCAUUGUAAGUUAUGGUGCAAUUAGCUGUGGCAACGGAUAUCCAGGUGUCUACACAAAAGUCAGCAGUUUUAUGCCCUGGAUAACCAACAUUCUGGGUACGAGCUCGUAACUUUCACAGAAACCUGUAAUUUUUAAACAAAUGUAUUUUAUCUUGAUGUUGUUCUUUAUUUGCGCACAAAUUAAAUUUAAAUUUUAAAGUGUUUUAAA